CGUUGAUUGUGCAUUUAACUCGCAAGCGCCGACAAAUGAUAUAAUAAAGCUCUUUAUUUAUUACUAGGACUGGCCAGAAGGCCUCUAAAUCAUGACAUCUGCUGUGUUCUUCCUUGAUCUCAAGGGCAAGACCCUUUUAGCUCGCAACUACAGAGGAGACAUCCCCAUGUCUGCGGUGGAAAAGUUCCCUAUCCUUUUGAGUGAUGCAGAAGAAGAGAGCUCCGCAGUACCGCCCUGUUUCUCCGACGAAGGGAUAAACUACCUCUAUAUCAGACACAACAACCUCUACCUCCUUGCCCUCACCAAACGAAACACAAAUGCCGCCGAGAUCCUCCUCUUCCUCCACAAGAUCGUCGAGGUCUUCACCGAAUACUUCAAGGAGCUCGAGGAAGAAUCCAUCCGGGACAAUUUCGUCGUCAUCUACGAGCUGCUCGAUGAGAUGAUGGAUUUCGGCUAUCCGCAAACAACCGAGUCCAAGAUCCUCCAAGAAUACAUCACGCAAGAAUCACACAAGCUAGAGGUCCAAGCACGCCCCCCAAUCGCCGUAACCAACGCCGUCUCCUGGCGCUCCGAAGGCAUCCGCUACCGCAAAAACGAAGUCUUCCUCGACGUCAUCGAGUCCCUCAACCUCCUCGUCUCCUCCAGCGGCAACGUGCUCCGCUCCGAGAUCCUCGGCGCCGUCAAGAUGAAAUGCUACCUCUCCGGCAUGCCCGAGCUGCGCCUCGGCCUCAACGACAAAGUCAUGUUCGAGACCACCGGCCGCGCCACCCGCGGCAAGGCAAUCGAGAUGGAAGACGUGAAAUUCCACCAGUGCGUGCGCCUCUCGCGCUUCGAGAACGAUCGCACCAUCUCCUUCAUCCCGCCCGACGGCGAGUUCGAACUCAUGUCGUACCGGCUGAACACCCAAGUCAAGCCGCUGAUCUGGGUGGAGUGCGUGGUGGAGAACCACAGCGGCUCGCGCAUCGAGUAUCUCCUAAAGGCCAAAUCGCAAUUCAAGCGCCGCAGCACAGCGAAUAAUGUCGAAAUCAUCGUCCCGGUCCCCAAUGACGCGGAUAGUCCCCGCUUCAGGACGAAUAUCGGGAGCGUACAUUAUGCGCCGGAGAAGAGCGCGAUUGUCUGGAAGAUCAAACAGUUCGGUGGGAAUAAGGAGUUCUUGAUGCGUGCGGAGCUGGGGUUGCCGAGUGUGAAGGGUGAUGAUGAGCAGGGUGGUGGUAUGAUGGGGGGGUUUGGGGGGAGUAUGGGGGGCGUGGGUGGGAAGGGGGCGAAGAGGCCUAUCAGUGUCAAGUUUGAGAUUCCGUACUUCACGACUAGUGGUAUUCAGGUCAGGUAUCUGAAGAUUAUCGAGCCGAAGUUACAAUACCCCUCCCUCCCAUGGGUCCGCUACAUCACGCAGUCCGGCGACAUCGCCGUGCGGUUACCAGACGUGACUGGCGUCUGAUAUUACCGUCAACGCACCAGAAGCUGUCAGAGCACAUCAAAACUCAACCGGGAGACAUGGAUGAGAUACUUACUCAUGAGGGGAUGGACGACAGGGGCUAGAGCGAGCGAGGGGUGGAGAUAUUUUCAGGCGCAUGUACAAAAGGAGUUAUCAUCAUGUCAUGCAUUUGAUAGCAGGCAUGCUCCCCGCGUAGAAGGAUUCGCGCGGAUAGAUAAAUCAGCGACGCUGAAUGAAGGCUUGAUGACCAUCACUUGUUCCUCUCCAUCACACACCAUGUAUCUGCAACUAUGUGAUCC